GUUGGCACAUGAACGAUAUCUUGUCCAUGCGUCCGGUGAAGGCAGCCAAAAUGGCUGCUAGAACACGGCUGCUCAGACGUCGUAUUCACAAUUCGUUUCUCAAGCUGGUUUUGAGAGGCGAAAUUGACAUUCGCGCUUUGUGUGUCGCAUUUGCCAACAUCCCAGUACCAGUUUUGGUGAACGAACUGGACUGGGAAGAAAAGCUCGCUAUGAUCUUGUCCCGACGCAUGACCAGAAACGCAGCGACUUUGGUGUCUCGCUUAGGUUUGGAGAAAGUCAUUCUGGGUAUGAAUUCCAUUGGGCGCGAGGCUAAUCACG